AUGCAAGAAGCUUCAGAGUUCACUAGGCAAUUGCCGCCUACUUCUUCAAUUUCAGCGCCAAUAAUUCGUGCGUUUGGCUUGCCGGAUAUACCUGAGCUCCCGGUGCUGGACUCCGCGUUUGAAGCCGAUGGCAAUCAUCGCAAAGAGAGUAUUCUCUCAUCGCCUGCACUGGUCCCAAUUCCGGAGGAAAGCUCCGAGGACAGUGACAGCGAGGCCUUAGACCCAUUGAUACCUGAAUCAUCCCUCUCGCUCACUGAAAUUGAAGUUUCAACUUCGGCUGGGAAUGUUCCAAUGCCGUAUUCUUUGCCACCAGCUCCAAUGAACCCAACCACGUCCGUUCCAGAAGUGGGCUACAAUGUUUCUAACCUCGCUCCAUUACCGCCAUCUCUGCCUGUGAACCCUUUAUCACCAGAAAGCAAUCAUGAUAAUGGAUACACAUCAUCAGUGGCAUCAACGACCGACGAUUCUGACUCAGUCUUCGAUGAUGGACAAUCAGAGAACACGUCUAGCUACACAGCCUCAUUGCUAUCCGACGUGAAAAACUAUGCUUACGAAAAUGGAAGACGUUAUCACUCAUACCGGGAAGGCCACUACGUCCUUCCCAAUGAUGAACCUGAACAAGAUCGGCAAGAUCUCCUCCACCACGUUCGAAACCUCGUGCUAAACGGCCGGCUCUUCCGAGCCCCACUGGACGAACACAUUCAGCGUGCCCUCGACAUUGGCACCGGCACCGGAAUCUGGGCCAUCGAUUUUGCAGACAGUUUCCCCGGUGCUGAGGUAACGGGAACUGAUCUGAGUCCUAUCCAGCCAUCAUGGGUUCCACCAAACCUUCGCUUUGUGGUAGACGACGCCGAAUCGCAAUGGCUCUACAGCCCAAGCCGACCAUUUGACUUCAUCCAUGCCCGGGAUCUGGGCGGUGCUAUCGCCGACUGGCCGCGGCUGAUGCGCCAGAGCUACGAGUAUCUCCGUCCCGGUGGAUGGGUUGAGCUGCAGGAGUUUGAAGUUAUGCUCAAGUCGGAUGAUGAUUCAAUCCUUCUUGCCCCGGCAUUGUGCGAGUUUCUCGAACGACUGACUCAGGCCAGCGAGGCAUUUCACCGACCUAUGAAUAUCGCCGAAGGUCACCGGCAGCGCCUGGUUGAGGCUGGUUUUGAAGAUGUUCGAGAUGAGGUGUACAAGGUUCCAUCCAGUGUUUGGGCUAGGGAUCCCGUGCAAAAGGAAAUUGGUCGGUACAACCAAUGCUCCCUUCUCAUGGCGGUUGAAUCCUACUCGCUGGCUCUUUUCACUCGUGUCCUAGGAUGGUCGAAUAAUGAUACUCAGAUUUUCCUGGCAGGGGUGCGCAAAGAUCUCAAGAAUCCCGCCGUGCAUACUUACUGCAAGCUGCAUGUCGUUUACGGUCGGAAGCCGUCUGAAUCCCAGUUGAAUCAGCAAUUUGACUAG